AUGUCGCAUUCAAACAGUAGUCCAUCGUCAGAACCGCGCGAACAUUAUUCAUGGAUAUCGCUUCCUGAGAGCGAGACCUCAAGCGGGAUCAUGCAGCAUGAGCACGCCGAACAGGGCGACAGCGUUGACCGCACUUGCAGGCCUGAAUCCCGAGCUCAAGAGCAACGCGAACACAUCGAUUCGUCUCCUCAUGCUGCUUCGGAGAACGAGACGCUUCUCUCCAGCCGAGCGUCUACCGCACUCAGUGGAGCAAUCGACGACCACCCGCUGGAUGAGCCGCAAAUAAGGAACUUCGAUGAUACCCAUGAGCGUGAGUGCAAUACCAAGUACCCCAAGUUACUAUGUCCGACAUUUUCUGACGAGCUUAAAGCAAAGUUCCAAGAUCAAAGCCUGCGGACAUCCACAGAUUGGGUGCCAUACACGCUGCGGCGCCCAUACCUGAUCACUCUUAGCCUAGCAUCACUCAUACUCUCGACCGUAUUAGCAGCCCUUAGCUGGCACUCUUACAAAAACCAUGGACUCGGAGAUGAGGAUGGGUCUACUGGACUACUCAUUGGAUGGAGAUAUACGCCCACUAUCGUCGCCAUUUUCUUCACGCAGGCUGUUGUCCAGGUUGCAGAGGAUGUAAAGAGGACUGAAGCAUACGCACGCAUGGCCGGCCCCGAAUCUAUCGAAGCCAAGUUCACCCUAUUCUAUCUGCCCAAGGUCUGGUGGAAAAGCAUCUUUGUAGGUUUCUCUCGAAAGCGGAGCGGCGGCCACCGGAGAUGGAAUCUGGCCUUGUCUUCGCUCGCAGCUGGUAUCAGUGUGCUCAGCAUUUCAACCUUCUCGUCGUCCGUAUUCGUUGCGAAAGAAAUCUUGUAUCAGGAGGAUGUGCAGCUUCAACGGUAUGCCGCUGGCCAGACAAUUGGCGAAGACUUGUCACCCAUUCAGCUUUCACCUCGAAGGGAUACGUAUCUCCGAACUAUAAGUGGAUAUCUCUUCAACGUAUCUACAUCUAUCUGGUCGUCGAAUUCGCAAGUCAUUGUACCUUUUGGAGCAUCAAAUGGCGACAAGCGCCAUGCAACGCUUCCGAACGGUAUAUGGCAAGCAGAUACUGAGGUGUUCCAUCUAAACUACAGUUGCACAUCGAUGGCUCUGGUCGAGAAGGACAUAAUCGAUAUUGCCUACAAGUAUACAGACAUCCCGAUAACGUCAUGUCCAAACGACACAUGUACUGUCUCCUCAAAGGGUUUCAAAGUUCGAUCAGAGGAUGGUUGUGAGGUCCAAAUCCAAGGUCCAAUCGCUCAAUGGGAUGCUUUGGGAGCCGAGUUGAACUCCGAUGGCUUCAUUAGCGAUACCUUUACAGAUGAUGGUGGCUUGCUCUGGACCAACAUGUCUUCCAAUUACGUGUCGUGGGAGACACUUAUUCGAGAUUACGGUCAGCUUCCAGCAAUUCGUUCCAUUGGAGAGAAGGUCCUCGAGCAAUGGUCUCGCACGUUCAUUUAUGGUUUCUCCGAUCAAUGCAUUGGGCGUGACCUGCUACUUGUAUCGCCUCAAUGGAUUGUCCGGCCGUCACCUGUCGAUGUGCCCGUGGGUGUAUGGGAGAAAGACUCAUGGGACAACCUCACGAUACGGGCACAAGUAUGCACUCCGGAAUAUCAUACAGCUAGCCUCCCAGUCUCUGCAUCCAUCGACGGCGCUGAAACUUCCAUGUCCUUCGACGUAUCAGAGUUUGAGCGACGCAGGCAGCCUGUGUCGAAACAAGCCAUCGAUUUCGACUUAUUGGAUGAUCUCACUUUUCGCAGUGACAGUUGGGACAAGCUUCUACAAGAGCCUAUCGACUUUUCCAACCCAGGCGAACGGACGCGCAAUUUCGACUUAGACGAGCAUAUGUUGGACUCAUCCAAUAUUCAGUGGCUCAACCACGCGUUGGACGAGAUUCUUCUAGAAGCACCGCAACUGGCGUGGACUAAGGACGAAUGGACGUUUACCCCACUUGAUAUGCAAGAGCUGCCAAACGUCACAGUGUCCUCGAAAUCGUGUUCCGGUUCUGGUAGACAUACAAGCCCCAAUUCUAUAGCGUCACCCGCAAACGCGUCUUUCAUCACUUCCGCUAUCCGAAGUCGAUUAGAGUGCUCUCCGAUCGCCGUACCAGACUCCGGCUGGCUUGACCAAGCCGCAGACGUUUUCCCCAAUCGUACCAAUGAAGCGCUACAAGGAUUUGCAUUACCAACUACUCUAUUCGACGGCGAAUCGUACAAUACCUCUGUCUUCUCGGCCCGGAGACGGUUAUCAUGCUGUACGAAUGGCACAGAUCCUGGUCAGCAAGCUGUCGUUGCGUAUUGGAGCAGCAACAGCUCGAUGAUUGAACGUGUGGAUCCCAAUUUCUUCAUACAAGAAUGCACUUAUGAACAACUUACCAAUGGCAACUGCACGAGUGCCAAUGCGCCGUCCGAUUCCCUCAGCGAGGAUGGGCCAGAAGAUGUUAUCGUUCAAGGCUCUUGGUAUCGUAACUUUACCAUCAAGUGGAUCGUGGGGCCAGGUGUGACUGCGAAGAUAUCUGGAGCUAAUCCAGCUGCGAACCCGAAGGUACAACAAAUUAGCGCACCGUACGGCUCUGCAGAUGAAGAGCUUCUCUACUUCACGGAAGAGCCCAAGAUGGCUAUAAUGGACUGUAUCAUGGUCAUCGAAAAUACAUCCGCCAGUGUUACUGUAGCUAGGAGUUCUGGGAACGUUUUGGACUACAGCUUGGUGGCGGACCCACAGCCUGCUCUGGAUGCAUGGGAUUACGCCUGGGAUAUCUUCAUCGAAGAAACAGCAAGCGAACGCUUCAACAUUCGCGACCGGGAUCGUGGCCUAAACGUCGACUUCAUGUCCUACGCAAACUGGAACCUUGCCAACAAGGACACCGAAUCCCUGCUAAAUACAACAACGCUAUUGCGACAUUCCGAGAAGACUUUACAAAUCUUCUUCAAACACUUUGUCAAUAGCGGGUCGUCGAGUCUCAGCGGGCGCUGGUCAUCUUCAGGGCCUGAGAGAGCAGCCUACCAGCGGGCCUCGUCAGAGCCUGUGAAUGGGACGUUUACGAAACGGAUUGAAGUUCUUGCUAUGAAUGAGACGGCAACGUGGCUCUCGCUUACCAUACUCAUCCUACUUAUCGUUAUCCUGGUUACUUUGGUUGUGAGCUUGCAGAUCGUAUAUCCGAGCUCAUGCAUGCAACAUCGCGUCGAGUGCUUGGCAGACGUACUGGCUAUGGUUGCUGGAAGCGAGGGGCUGAUCGGGUUGAUUGAACAGCAGGGUGUUGAAGGUUUUGCUAAGAGUGGUAGACUGACUAAAUUGAGUUGGUUCAGAGACGCGCGGGGAGAUGUUAGGUGGGGUGUUGAACUCGUGGAUGCAGAGGGUGUGGAAUGGGUUGAUGGACCGGAGGAAGGUACAUCAGUGGCGCACGCGGAUGAAGAGUCAUCGAUUCCAAGCGGAGAAGUGGUUGAUGCGAGCAGUGCGCUUCUGGAAAGCGAAGAAAGGUCGCUCUCGCCACGACGUUCCGUUCAAGAGCAGUAG